GUUCGUGGACUUGUUUGUUACCUUACAGAAUCAAAAGCAAUACAUUUGUGAUAUGCUAGCCAAAUAUUAGAAUUAAGAUAAAUAAAUUGUGAUAAUGUGCUUAUGUGAUAUGCAUACAUUCCAUAGAAUUUUGUGACAAUAGUUUUUGUGAAAAUGAAUUCAAUUCCACUUCCUAGAGGAUUAGUGCUGAGUACCAAUGAUGUUCAGACUUGGAAAGGAUGGUGCUUAUUGAAUGAUAGAGAAAUCGUUAGGAUAUCAGCAGAAUUAGGGACACAAAUAAAUUUGGCACAAAUAUUUAUUGCAGCUCGAAGAAGUUGGGAUUUGGAUGAAGUUGAGAAGUGGUAUAAGGCUGAGGUCACUGCUUGGGUGAUUCAACUUUUAUCUGCAGGAGAAAUAACAAUCACUGUACAAAUACUUGAGAAUACUAAAAUUGAUGUUAUCACACAGUUAUUGGUGAUAGCCAUUGAGGUAAAAGACAGAAAAACAAUUAAAACAGUUUCAGACUAUCUAAGCGUUUGUGUGAAAUCAGAAAUAGAUGAAAUUCAAGACAACAUAAAUAAUUUUCUACAUCAUUUUUAUUUAUUGAAUUCUCUGGAAAGUUAUUUGUUAAAUAAUCAACAACUGGAAAUAAUAAUUUUGGAGAAUGAUUUAUUAAAGACUGAACUAAUUACAUUAGAAGAAACAAAAAAUUACACAGUUCAAGAUAUACAAAAACAAAGUAAAAUAUGGAAAUCAAAAAUUGCAGCUAGAUUAUAUUACAAUUGUCUUGAUUUCAGGUUAACUGUUUUUCUUGAUGCAGAAACAUCGUGGGAAGAUUUACUACAAAGCAAUAAUAUUAAAUAUCUAAAAUCUUGGUUAUUCACAUUUUUUACAAAAUGUAAAUAUCCAUAUACUGAAGCAACAGAUGUAGUUGAUUUCCAUGAAUUAUUUCAGUCUUGGGAAAUCACUGAUAAUAUGAUCUCUAGGAUUGCAUGCUUCCCUUGCAUGGACUUCACAAAGGAGGAACUUUAUGAUUAUAUGACGACAUUUGGAUACUUUAUUGAAGUAGAAAGAAAAAAUAUAGUUCUUCUUUUACGUAGAUUAUCUAGAAAUAGAGGCUCUAGUACAAUCAGUGAUAUUUUUAAACAAAAAUCUUCAAAUAUAUCUUCAGAUCACUUUUUCAAGCUGUUAGUUGAUUAUUGUGAAUCUAAAGAGUUGAAAACUGUGAUAACAAAAUGUAUGAGUUCUCGUUUAUUUUAUAAUGAUUUCAUACAUAAUAUCUCCACAAUUGAUAAGGAGCACUGGAUUAAUGUAUCAAUCACAUUUUUGGAUCUUAUUCAAAGUCCAAAUGAUGAAUCCAUAAUACUAAAGUGUAUUAACUAUGCAUCUAAUUAUUUAGCUGGCAAUAAUAUAAAUCAAUAUCUAAUUGAAAACCCUUAUGUCUACAUAGCCACAAUUUUAUUUGACAAAACCAAGAAUUUGUCUACUACAUUUUCUCAAAAAAUUUUAGAUACUUCUAGUGAAAAUGUUGAAAAACAAGUGAUUUAUCUCUUUGUGCAAGAGCAAGUUUCUGAAGCAACUAAAUAUUUUAAUAAUUAUGCAUUACAAACUCAUUUGGCUGCUGCUCUGGAAAAUAAAUUAGAAAAAUCAAAUGUUCAUGAGGAUUCAAAGAAACCUACUAAUUUUUGGAACCUUAUUCAAAAUGCUUAUAAUUAUGACAAUUCCGGCGAAGUUUUACUAAAUAUUUGUACAAGUCACAAAGGAAAUCCAAUAUUAGCUGUUAUUGCUGCUUGUUACAGGCCUGAACAUUUAAUACUUUGUUGGUAUACCUGGUUGUGUAGUGCUACAGGUUAUAUAAAUUUAGAUAAUGGUGAGACGUUGCUAAACAUUUCACCUGAAGAUAUUUCCUCAUUGAUAAAUUUCUGUGUGAUAGAAGGAUUUGUAACACAGUUAAAUGAAAGUUUACUAAUAUUUGUGCCUAGCAGUUGUUUUGCUUUCUUCACUAAUAUUUUAGUGCGAGUGAUUGUAAACAAUGAGAUUGGAUGCGAUAUUACCAAUUUAUUAGUGGCUUUCAAAAAUAUCACUAUGCAUUUACAUAUUAUACCUCAUUUGACUAUAAAUAGUAUAUUUGAGGAUAGAAGAUGGCUUAUAAACAAAGCUAUUGACCUUUGUUGCAUAGCUUUAAGUUAUAAUUUUAUGUCAUUUUAUCAUUGUAAAGCCUUUCUAAAAUGCCUCUCUGAGUCAAAAUUAACAAAGAAUAUUGACACGGAUGUAAAUUUUGAUGAUUUGUUAAAUAUAUUACAAUGUUUGUAUCACACAAAUGUUAAUUUAAACAUUUCAUCUAUAUUGUUAUCAAAUAAUGAAGAAAUAAUACAGAAUGAAUACAGCAGAUGCUUAAAACAGUUAAUUAAUGGCCAUUAUUUUGAAAAUGCAUUUAAGUUUGCUGAAAUCACAAACAUUAAUACAGAUGAUAUUAUUAUUGCUCAUAUGAAGUAUAGAUGCAAUAAUCUUCUUACGGAUGUCUCUAAUUAUAUGAAUUACUGGUUGGAUUGUAAUAAAAUAUUCAAUGACUCGAAAUUGGUCAAUAAAAAUGCUACAAGUUUAUUUUUAGAGUUUGCUGAGAAUUCAAAUAAUCCCAAACUAAGAUAUAUUUUAUAUCAUUUAGCAUUGAUUUCGGAAAACUCUGUAGAAAGUAAUUCAAAAAAUAUGGAUGAGAUUGAGAAGAAGAUGUGGAUUAAUUAUAUUGAUAUUGAAAAUCCAGAUGAUGUUAUGUUAUACUCAUCUAAACUAUCAGAUUUUAACAAUACACCAGUAAUAUUACAUAAUUCAAUUGAUGAAUUAAAGAUAAAAGCAUGUAUCAAUAAUUUGACAAUAUCUGAUUAUCCAUUAAGCACAGAACAAUCUAAUAACUUAUUCAAAUUAAUAUCCAUGUUGCUCGAUUUAGGAGAUUUUAUUACAGCCUUGAGAAUUCAAAUGAUGUUUAUGUUUUCACACUCUGAAUUGCAAUUGUUGAUCACAAUAAUGGCUUUAGCUGAAAGUUCAUUAAGUCCAUACCAAAUGACACCGGCACAACGAAUGACUUUGUUACAAAGUAAAUGUGUACGAACAGCAAGUGGGCAAUUUGGGAAACGUACUUUGAAAUCUAAAAUUUCUUCAAGCAACUCUGUAUGUGGUAGUCCCAACAGUAGCUUUGCAAGUUCAAUGUUUUCUGACUAUAUUGAAAUACCAUCCCGGGAAAAGCAAGAUACAUUAUGUACCAUUGAAGCUUUGGCAGCUCGUUUGAAAGCUGGGCGUUUCUCUGGACAAAGAAUUGUAAUGUGUUAUAGAGCAGCAAUGCAUAUGGAUGUAAACUAUUUAGAUAUAUUAAGGGAGAAUGAUGUUUUGAACUUAUUAAAACAAGCUAUUAAUGGCAAUUGUUUGAAUAAACUGGUUGUUAUAAGUGAUAUUAUAGGCGCUAGUGGAUUUACAUCAUUACAGAUAGCUGAAUUUUUGGCAUAUGAAAUAUUCAAAGCAAUCUUACAAAGUAUAAAUGUUAAAACCAAAAGAGAUGUAUCAAACUUUAAUGUAGCAACACUGUGGGGCUAUAACUUAAGUGUUGAUUUUCAUCUUUUCUUGGAACUUUGUCCCAAUCCAAGUGAUAUUGGAAAUGAGUUGCUAAAAUAUCAAUCCUCGAUACAACAGAUAAUUAAUAGUUCGGCUGCAAAUAGAAAAGAUAAAGGAAAUAUAACUGAAACACAAGCAAAAGUUGCCAAAGCAUUAGAAAACACUAAAAAGCUUACAAUUAUAGAUAUAAAUACAGUAUGUGUGGACAUUUUGAUAUAUGCGCAUGAUAGUUUCACAAAGGAUUGUAAUAUUGAAGGAAUUUCAUUAAUCUUAGGUAGAGCACAUAUGCUAUGUUCACAAUUGCUCCAAACUAAAAGUUGGGGAUUAAUGGUUAAACUAUUAACUGGAAUUUCAAGAUAUACAGAAAUGACUUAUAUAUUUGAUAUUAUAAAAUCCAACCAUCAAUUUGAAUUUCUUUUGAGUCAAUUCAACUACAUCUUGAAACAGCAUGAUUCUAAAAAAAAUGAUUUAAAAAUGGCUCUUUUAGAGUUUUUAAAAACAUAUUGGCCCCAAGAUUCCGAACUUAAAAGAUUAGUUGCAUUGCAUUUCCAAAUGCAUAGUGAAGUAGCUGAGCUUCUGAAUAUUGAGGCUACUGAAAUUAUAAGAAGAAUGAUUAAUAUUUCCAUGCUGGAUAUGACAAGCAAUGAUUUGAAUUUUAAAGAUUUUCCAGUUAAGUGUCCACCCUUUGUAUUAUUAGAGAAUACAGCUGAAAUUCGAGAUUGCUUAAUUCGGGCUAUGAACACAUAUAGUCAUAGCUCCGAAUAUUAUGUACAGCAAAAUAAACUUUCACUAGCAAUGAAGUCAGCGGCCAAAGCAGAACUUGUAGCAUGUCAAAUUGAUUUACUGAAUAAGACACCUGCUGCUAGUAAGGGGCCAAGUGUUAUAUGCAUUUUACAAUUAAAACCAGAACAAAUUCCUUAUGUUGUUAAUAAAGUAUUGAGUUUUCAUCAAGCAAUUAUACUUCAACGAGCCUAUGACUACACUGUUAAUUGGGUUUCUGCACUAUAUGAACAUUGUAUAAUAAAUGGUGAUAUGCAAUAUUUAAAUUCCUACAAUAAAUAUUUCAAAAUAACGGAAAAUAUAGCUUCAGAAUUAGCAAUGAGAUUUCAGAAGGAAACUAGAAUAACUAAACAAAUGAUUCAGUCACUCAGAUGUGUGGUUGGAUGUCUAAAUUCGAUUGCUGAUCGUUAUCGUUUGGCAUCAUUAUUGGGACAAAGAGAUAUUGUCGAAAAUAUUCUCUCUUCUGAAAGUGUUUGUUAUCUUAAAGAUACUGUUUUUAUUGGAAAGAAGUGUCAAUAG